AUGUUAGAAGUAGAAGUCUUUGAUUGUUGGGGCAUUGAUUUUGUUGGUCCAUUUCCUCCCUUCUUCGCUAAUGAAUAUAUUCUUGUUGUCGUUGACUAUGUAUCCAAGUGGGUGGAAGCACUUGCUACACCUAAGGCCGAUUCCAAAACUGUGAUUAAAUUCUUAAAGAAAAAUAUCUUCUCACGUUUUGGUGUGCCAAGGGUGUUGAUAAGUGAUGGAGGAUCACACUUUUGUAAUACACCUCUGGAAAAAGUUUUAGAACAUUAUGGUGUAAAACAUAAGGUGACCACUCCCUAUCACCCACAAGCAAAUGGUCAAACGGAAGUGUCAAACAGAGAAGUAAAGAAAAUUCUUGAGAAAAUAGUCUCUAGCUCUAGAAAAGAGUGGUCAUUGAAAUUAGAUGAAGCUUUGUGGGUAUACCGUACUGCCUUCAAAGCUUCUAUUGGACUAACUCCUUUUCAGAUGGUUUACGGAAAAACUUGUCAUCUUCCGGUAAAGUUGGAACAUAUAGCACUUUGGGCUCUUAAAUUUCUGAAUUUUGAUACCACUCUAGCCGGCCACAAAAGAAAAGACCAACUCCAUGAAUUGGAAGAAUUAAGAGACCAUGCGUACCACUCCAACAAGCUCUACAAGGAAAAAGCUAAGGCUUACCAUGAUAAGAAAGUCCGCUGCAAAAGUUUUCAUGAGGGACAAAUGGUGUUGCUAUUCAACUUGCGACUUCGGUUGUUUCCCAGUAAGCUUAAGUCAAAAUGGUCUGGACCAUUUGUGAUGAAGGAGGUGAGGGACUAUGGAGCCAUUGUGAUCGAGGAUCCCAAAUCUAAGGAAAUUUGCGCCGCAACCCCUCCUUUGCGCCGCGAACUGGGUUUGCAACAUCAGAUGUCAAAGCGCAUAAAAACCAGAAGCACCAAUCCUAGUCAUUCCAUACCACGGUUCAUUGGAGAGGAACAAGGAGAGCAAUAUACUUACUUGUGCAACCGAACUGUCCAGGCUGAAAGGCUUAUCCAGUUCAAACCGAAUGACCCAAUGCGGGAUUUGGUUCGAACAUUGGAAACACUCAAAUGGGGGAAGAUAUGCGAACCGGUAGCUGAGAUCAAUUAUGAUAUCGUUUGCGAAUUCUAUGCGAAUGCCAUUCCGGUAGAAGACGGGGCAUAA